ACCUUUUGAUUACAGGAUUUAACUUACUGGAUAGUCGACAUGGUGCAGUAACAUGGUUAAGCAGGAUGUCAAUGAAAAUUGUCUUUGAUUUACCUAAGUCCAUCUAUAAUGUUAUUCAAUUAUACGUGUUGAUGGGCACGGAACGACUCUACGCCUCUCGAUUAUUUGUUAGAAGUUCCGUUGUAUAGAUAAAUCAUGAGAUAAAUGAUAAGUGGCGCCAUUUAAAGGACACCAUAAUGGUGACGUCACAAGGAAGACAGAAUGCAAACAACCAAUACAAACAACCAUGAAGCAUCAGCAUUCAGCAUCAAUGAACAUCCUUCUUUCAUUUUCAGUAAAUGGUUAAUGGUUUUCAAACGAAAAUUGCAGCUCGUACUCAUCAUUCUCCUCUCUCAAUUUACGAGUCUAGUGGGCUUGUAUACUUAGUAUUUGUGCUCAAAAAAGAUGUCGAAAUAUCUAGUGCCUUUAUUGCUGUUCUUGAUAAUUUUGUUUUGCUUCACUAAUUCAUCUUUAUGUGAUAAUGUUGGUGAUGAAUGCCCUCAAAUGGAUAGGGAAUGUUUGCUGAAAUAUUAUGAGAAUUUAAUUUUGCCAAGACGUGACCCUGGUGAGGUUGGAAAAAUCACCAGUUUAACACUUGAGAAUGGAGAAGUUCGCAAAAUGAAGACUUUGAGUAUAAAACCUCCCAUAUUUGAAAUUCCAAACUACCUUUCCGAGGCAGAAUGUGAUGAUAUAAUAGAAAUAGCCAAGAACCAGGGCUUAGAGACAUCUGUGACUUUCAAUGAAGAUACAAUUGAAGAAAUACCUGAGAAUAAAGUGGAUGAUCAUGAUCUUUUUGUCUAUUAUGAUUAUAAUAAUGAUGAGCAUUUAGAUGUGAAAGAGGUUUUUAAUCUUUUAGAUACAGAAAUGGACUUUUCUCCUGACAGGGAAGAUAUCAUAGACAUGUUUGAGAAACUUCAAUUGGAUGAAAAUAGCGACCUUCUUAUUAGUAUGGAAGAAUUUCGGAAAAGAAAUUUGCAAAAUAUUUUUCAAUAUGUGUCUGAAAUCAAAGAACGCAAACCUUAUACGAAAAGUCGAAAUAGCAAUCAAACAUGGUUAGAUACAGAUGAUGACAGUGUCAAGACUUUGCAGUCUUUACGAUUAAGACUGCUAAAGUUGACCCAACUUCCGAUGGUACUGUUGAACACUAGUGAGAGUCUUCAGGUUGUAAAAUAUGAUCCUAAAGGACAUUACAACUGUCAUUUGGAUAGCGAUGAUAUUAGUGAUGAGGCACCAUGCUGUCAUGUUCGUGAUGUUGAAAAUUGCCGAAUUUGUAGAUAUUUGACCGUUUUGUAUUUCUUGAAUGAUGUUGAAGAAGGUGGUGAAACGGCUUUUCCUAUCGCUGAUAAUAUUACUUAUGACGACGAGGUAUGGUCUAAAGACGUUAAACGAAUCUGUAAUGUCGGUCGUAAUUGUCACGAAUCAAAUAUUCGUGUUAAACCCGAGAAAGGGAAGGCUAUCAUGUGGUACAGUCACGUGAUUGACGAGGAUACUCAUUGGCUUGGUGAAACCGAUCCAUUCAGUGUUCAUGGAGGAUGUGAUGUGAAAAAAGGAACAAAAUGGAUAGCGAACAACUGGAUUUCAUUGAGCGAGAAUCGAUCUGAUGAUAUCAAAAAAUGGAUUGAUCAUCUUCAAAACUCUUUUGAUGGAAAGAUCACCCUAAGCUCAAGGGACGAAGGUGAUAAUACAAGGCUUGAUAGACUUGAUGCAGAAAAUAGAGAGAAAGAGGAAGGUAUCGAUGCAAUUUUUGAAAUCAUUGAACGUAAAGAUACGUCAAACAUCGAUACAAAAAAUGAGUUAUGAAUCAACGAUUAGCUGUUUUUCUGAGGUUAGCACCUCAACCUCAAGUAAGAAACUGGUGUAAUAAAUUCUAUAAUGAGUCUUGAUGUAUUUUAAAACAGUUCUGUAAAUAUAAGCUGUAUAUGUUCAUUUAGAUAAUAAGUUGGUCUAUUAUUUGUAUCGUCUUCCUUUGUAUCGUAAUUCCUUUCUUCCAUAUCUAGUUUGGCUGAGAAAGUAUUCCUAAUUCAAGUAUUUAGAAAAAUAUAUUUUACUUUUACAAGAAUUUAAUUUAAGCAGUGCAUGUGAAAUACACACGAAGGACCAAUUCAUCUGUUAAAA